UAUUAAAGUAUUUUCUUUGUACAAUUUACAUUUUUAUAUUUCUUCAUCGUGGGCUAAAUAACUAGUCAAAGAGUGUAGUUAUUCGUAAAAAAAAAAAAAAAAAAAAAAAAAAACGCUGUGUAUUUGAAUAUAUGCAGGUGCUUACGAUAAAAUGAAACCGAAAGAAUAUAGGCCGUGUGUCAUUUAUGAACAUGGCCUCGAACUGUCAAGAGGAUUCGGACGAAGGCAGCUACCAACUAUCUAAUGAGAGUUCCUUAGAGUUUAGCGACACAGACUCCGAGGCAGAAAACGAUUCUGGAUCUGGCGUCGAAGAUGAUGGAGGAAUAUCUAUCGAGCAGAACGUCUGUACGUAUUACAACCGCGGCAAGUGUCGUUACGGAGAUGAGUGUAAGAACGUGCACAUAUGCAAGGACUUCCUCAAGGGUUCGUGCAAGUUCGGUGCCGGAUGUCGUCUGAACCACAACAGUCGGAGUUCAGGACGGGGCAGAUCCUCAUCUGAGGAUGAAAUAUUUGAGGGGCCCUACAGAUGGCAGAUGAAUUUUCAAAAGGGCUGGAAAAACAUUUGCAACGAUCACAUUCUGGAAGCCCAGUAUUCACUCCCCAACACUAAAGGAAUCAAGCUCUACAACACCCAAGCUGGGGCUGUAUCGAUCGAUUUCACUAAAAUGAGAGUUCUUCAGAAAACCAAUAUUAAGGUGCGUCGUCUGAGCGCGGGGGAUACAGAAUGGCUGUGGUAUUACAGGGGUGACCACUGCUGGUGUCGGUACGGAGGCCAGGGCAAAGCCAGUGCAGUUCAGAGCUCCCAGCUGGAGACGGCGUAUCAAAACGACCGCCAUGGUUCAUUCAAGAUCGCCAUCGACUCUACUCAGUACGAGAUUAGCUUUAAAGAAAUGUGUCAGAGAAAUUUAUCGACGGGCAAUAAGAGGCGGGUUAGACGCCGCCCUAAAUAUGAACCACCUCAAAAUGGAGGGUUACUUGGAAUAACCUCUCAAAUAAGAACCCUUUUGAGCCCUUCGACUCCAAAGUGGCAGUUUGAAGGGAGCAAUCGGUGGUACACCUUCAAGAAGAAGGGAGGCUGUUCAGUCUCGAGUGCCGACAUUGAAAACUGUUACCAGCAAAAUCCGACAACCAUGAGUUUCACUGUGAAUGGCGACGGUUACGUUCUGGAUUUUGCAAAGUUGAGUCAGGUUAACCUCAGAACAAAGGCCGAACGCAAGGUCAGGCGUGUGUGAAGUAAUAAGGAAGACGUCAGGUCGUCCUCGAGAUCCAAACCAGCAAAUAAGAGUCGAAUUUUGGGUGGAAGUAGACAAAACGUUAAGUGAUUUUUGACCCACAUGGAUGUUAGCGAAUAUGAUUUUGAAUGUUUAAUCAUCCUGAAUUACUGUAUUGUUUGGAAAACUGUGUGUGGAAAAUAGAAUUUAUUCAGGUAUUUUGUCGUAUAUUAAUUUAAAAUCCUCUUUUGACGUGACCUAAAGCAUAUGUUUUGCUUUCCGUUUAUUUUCACAGAAUUAUGCUUUAAAAUGCUAUCACUUUUUUUGUUAUUCUGUAAAUAGUAGGCGAUGGGCCAUAACAAUACAAGCAUUACACUGCUUUACUUUUUUUUCUUUUUUUUUUUUUUUUUUUUUUUUUUACCAUAAUUUACAAUGAAGUGCCUGAUGUCGAAAACUGCCUGACGACCAACGUUUACGCGCUGCUUGUGAAACCUUGUUCAGUUUCAUUUUUCAUCUGUAGGGUAUAACCUGCACAAAAGAUUAAAAAAGAAAAAGAUCAGGCGUAUGCACAAUAAUGCUGUGUGAAUGAUGUGUAAUGUGCAAUAAAACCUACAAUGUUAUGCAAUA